AUGGAUCCUCUCGAACGCCUUUCCGCAUUUGAUACAAACACCGUGUCCGAUGCGCUGGACUUCUUACAAUUGAAAGGAGCAACGUACGGACUACUACCCCUGUGGGACUGCCCGAAGGUUGUUGGGCGCGCCAGUACAGUACAGCUGGGCCCAAAGACCGAUCAAGCUCCUACAACACAUCUCAUCACCCCUGUCAUUGAUGCAACGAAAACCAACGACCGUGUCCUUGUAAUCGCCGGAGGCAUCGAUGGCGUUUCCUGUUGGGGCGAUAUCAUCGCGAAUGCUGCCCAAAGAAAGGAGAUUCGUGGUACUGUUGUUGAUGGCAUGAGUCGAGAUAUUGAUGGAAGUCGAGACAUCGGAUUUCCGGUCUAUGGCAGGGGAGUCACCAUGAUCAGCGCCCGAAACAGAAUGGUGCAGUAUGACGCUGGUACCUCGAUCCAAAUGCGAGGAGUCACAGUCAAUCAGGAUGAUUUUGUGAUCGCCGAUAGAUGUGGUACAGUAUUUGUGCCCGCAGGUCGGAUUAAAGAGGUCCUAGAUCUGGCUGAGCGCAUCGAGCGCCGUCAAGACUCUAUGGUUCAAGCAGUGCGAGCAGGGCAUUCUGUUUCCGAAGUUAUGCAUGACAGGCAAUUCGAAGCUAUUGGGACUGGUAACUCGGAUGAGCCGGCCACUUCGUUAUCACCACGGAACACGAAAAGCAUGUCGAGCGAGGAGCGAGAGAUCAGCGCUUUGUUUGCAGGCCUUGACUCCGCUGCUGUAUCUGAUGCGCUCGAUAAGCUCGGCAUUCCUGGCCAAGCUUAUGGCAUAAUGCCUCUCAGCAACUACAAGAAGACUAUCGUUGGACCGGCCUUCACAGUUCGCUAUGUUCCUGCGAGCGACCCUCCCGGGAGCGUUGGCGACUUUAUCGAUGAUGUUGCUGCAGGCGACAUUGUAGUCAUCGACAACGACGGGCGCACAGAUUGUACAGUCUGGGGCGAUAUCAUGACUCAAUAUGCUGGCUUGAGGGGCAUCUCAGGUACUGUCAUCGAUGGAGUUUGUCGCGACGUUGACAAAGCGCUGACGGACGGGUUUCCACUGUUCACCGCUGGGUGUUGGAUGCGAACUGGAAAAGAUAGAGUUGAGGUGGCAGAUGUUGGCCAGGCUGUCAGCGUUGGUAAAGUCCGAGUUGAGCACCGUGACAUUGUGGUCGCUGAUGCGAAUGGUGUCGUGGUUGUGCCACGUCGGCGGGCACGAGAAGUGGCUCGGGUAGCUGCGGAGAUUGAAGAGGCAGAAAGCAAGAUUCGAGAACUUCUAGUCAGUGGUGUUGGAAUCGCUGAAGCUCGCAAGAAGCUGAACUAUCAUAUGUUGCAGCGCAAAGGCUAG